GAAGAGCGAGCGUGGCAAUGGAGUUUCCUCCUUCUUCUUCCUCGUCCAUGGUAUCAGACGACACCGUUUUCUACGCCAUAUACCCUGAUUCUUCUUCUUCUUCCACCAACACCACCACCACCACCACCACCCUCCAAUCGCUGCACCUGCAAAUCCUGGAAACGGUGUCUCCCUUGACCAGCGAGUACAUAUGGCAGCACCAACCCUUCACCCUGACCCUCUCCACUCCCCCAAACCCUUCAUGCCCAUGUUCCUCCUCUUCCAACCUACAUCACCUCCACGGCCACCUCCGUUACGGUGACAACCUCGACGACGAAUGGUUCACCGUCUUCCUCCUCUUCCACAUAUCCCUCCGCUUCCCCUCCCUCUCCAUCCGCGUCUGGGACACCGACGGCGACUUCCUCCUCAUCGAAGCCGCCUUUCACCUCCCCCGCUGGCUCAACCCCGACACCUCCCUCCACCGCGUCUUCAUCCGCUCCGGCGAACUCCACAUCGUACCCCGUAACCGCCUCCCUUCCCCCUCUCUCCUCGAUUCUCUCAACUUCCUCCGCAAUUCCGGACCCCAAUCGCGGGCCUCCGACCCGGUUCAGCAAGCCGUCAAGAACCGGAUCGCGGAGUACCCGGAGAGAGCCAGGAGGAACAUGCACAGGGUUAGGGUUAGGGUUCCGUUGUCGGUGGCGCAGGUUCUGAGGCACGAGCCGUGCAUGAUUUCGCUGGCGGUGGAAGGGUUCUACGACAGGGACAUCGACGCCAUGAAGUUCGCGGCGAAGAUGGAGAGGUUUUUGGAGAGAGGGAGAGAGGAGGAAUUAGUGCGCGUUUGGGUGAAGAUGUCUAGGGCAAUGUAUGCGCAGUUGGUGCAGCAAAGGUUUCAGGCUCCCAAGUGUUACCCUAUGAUGCCGGAGAGGGACAAGAGGGAGGAAUAUGUGGAGGCGGAGUUGGGGAUGAAGAUAGCUUGUGGGUUGGAGAUGAUGUAUCAGCAGCGGAAGCGUGAUGGGGUUGAAGGUAAGGGCUCUACUUGGGAGGCCUUUAAGCAGAGCUUGGAGAAAAGUGGCUACUUCCAAGGGCUGCUUCCAGGUUCAACUGAGUAUCAGAGAUUGAUGCAGAAUGCUCAAGAGUACUAUAGAAACACUUCUCUGCACUCCAGGGCCAGUGAGUUGAUGAAUGCUCCUGUUAGACGCAUAGAUGAAAUUCUUGCUUUGCCACACUCGGUGGAUGAUUUUAAGGGUCAGGUUGUUCCUCCAUCUGAUGAUGAUUCCUGGCUUUACAAUGGAGAGGAAGAGUUGAACUCUGCUCUUAUGGAAAGACAAAAGGAGAUGGAACUUUAUGACUUAAAACACAAAAAGAAAGGGAAAGCAAAAGAGGAUCAAGAUACUGGUCUAACAUCUGGCUCAAAUGCUGAUGAGUUUGAUCCUGGUGAUAUAGCUAAAACCAUGAAGGCAUUUGUCCAUACCUUGUCAAGUUACAAGGGUGCUGAAGCUCCUGAAGACAGGAACAAGGAAGUGGACCUUGACGUGGAUCAAUUUAUUAAAGACUUGGAAUCAACAAUGAAGCAUCCUGGUGUUGAAGUUGCCGAUUGUAAUAUUGAAGAAGGAUCGUCAUCUGACCUGGACUUUGAUGAUUCUGAUGAGAGUGAUAUGGCUGAAUCUGCUGAGGAGAAUGAGGAUGGAGAGGAUACUUUCAUGCAGUCCUAUUCUGAUGCUAUGAAUGAACAACUGAAGGCAACCACCAUUCAGAAAAGUUUUGUUCGUGCUAAUGAACAAAUUCCAAAGAAGGAUGAGGGAGCAUCAAAUGCAGCAGAGGAUAUGGAUGAGGGUUUUUCUCCUGUAGAUGUGGAUGUUAAUUUAGUAAAAAGCUUCCUUGAUUCCUUUUCUUCCCAACAAGGGCUUCCUGGCCCGGCUUCCAAUUUGCUUGGGCUCAUGGGGGUGCAGUUCCCACAAGAUGCCAAGAAGGGCAAAUGAGGUUACUAGAAUUUUUAUCCAGGUUUAUAAGUAUUGGGAUUCUCAAACGGUAAAGUCUCCGUAUGACGUUUCAUAACCUGUUUGCCAAGAUCUUUUUUCCAUGGAGGGUAGUCACCUGCUUGCCUGAGGGCUGGAAUGUUUACUAGUGAUGGUGGAAUUGCACCAGGUUUUGGCACUCGAUUUGUAAAGAAGCGUGUGAUUUCCUUGCCUUGAGAGAAAAGCAAUUGAACGUAUAUACGUAGCAAGUUACUUGGCUGUAGUACAAGUGGCAAGAAGAGAGGUGUAGGAAAUUGGGAAUGGAAUAGUUAUAUCGCGAAUCAAUGUACAUCAGAAGAAAAGGAAAUCAUGUUUGCAAUAUUACAACCAGAUUUUGGAUUUGAUGUAGUAGUUUCCGUAUAAAUAGGACCAUAUUGAAGAGACUAAUUGAAUCUGAUAGAUACAGCUGGUAUUUACUUACAAAAUCAUCUUGGCCAUGCAGUUAUUUUUUAUGUCAAAUUUGUGUUAUCGACUAUUACCACUUUUAUUACCAUUUAAUGAAAUUACAAGUUAUUGUUCUA